AAUGAGACGCAUCCUCACAAUUAGCUCUCAUUAGCUUAGUGAAACAAAUUUGCUAAACGAUCUGCCCAACGAGAACCAUGCUAGAUUGCAGUAAACGCUGGUAUACUGUCUUGGUUGUGCUGCUUGCACUUUUUGGAUGCAUCACAGCUGCACCUAGUAACUAUCGUCGGCCUACCAGAGUUGGUAUUGUGUGCUGUGAGUCAGUCUCCAAAGUAUUUAUACCACACAACAUAAAGCUUACUGCAUUCAAGCGCCAGAACGCCCUGAAACCUUGCGUGGAUGCCAUCAUAUUUUUCACUGAAAAUGAAAAAUAUUGCUCUGACCCUACUGCACGCUGGAUCCAAAAGAAAAUGAAAGGUUUGAAAGAAAUCACUGAAUGAAAAUGGCAGACCGACUGUUUUGUAGCCAGCUUCCUGUUGCUUCAAGAAUCUUGCAUACACAAAAAAAAAAAAAAAAGAAAAGAAAAGAAAAGAAAAAGCAUUUCAAACAGUUUUUCUGCAAGGUAGAAAAAAGGGGCCAUUUUGGAUUUGAAGUAACUCAUAAAUUAACAUCCAUUAACAUGUUGGGAACUAUGAUACUCCUAUAACUAUAUAGAACUCUUUAAAGCCAACAUGCUAUGUUGCAUAACAUUUUUUUAAGCUUUUAAGGCUUGUUGUUGCUCUCAUAUGUAAAUCCAUCCUUUUUAGUAGGGAUCCCAAGUAACAUAUUACUUUUGCUUAAUUUUGCUUCAGUAAGUCAUAAUAGAGUUCACAAAAACAUAUUAUUCUUAAAAUGAUAUGUAAUAUCUAUAUGAUAUAUGGUAUUUUUUUAAAAAAAAUUUUUUACUAUAUUUCAAAUACAUCAUUUGAAAUGUCUACACUUUUACCAUUAGGAGGCACAUAAUAAAAGAUCUUCACCUUGCAAAA